GAAAAGGGCACGUUGCAUGGGGCAAGGAAGAAGAAUAGGUAUAUCGAGAAAUACGAUAUCCACGAGUUGCUUUACGACUACACCGUGGCGGAAAAUUUCCUAAAGGAACUCAGGGUGGACAAAAAAGUCAUUUGGGACUACGAUUUGGUCAAAAGAGAAUUGAGGGCCCUCAUUAAGAGUACCGGGUACCCAAACAAUAUUACUAUAGAGUUUCCUUUGGAGAAUGAUCGGAUUGUCGUUAGGUCACACAGGACGAUGGCUAAAGUGUGGAGGCAUCCGGUGACCAUGCUCUGUGCUUCAUCACCUGCACUUGUCUGGCCGGCUUUCUGAAUAAAGUGCUGAGCCAUCUGGUGGCCUAUGCUAUGUGCUUCUUCGUCUGCAUUUGUCUGAUCGGCUUUCUCGUGGAGUAUUUUGCGGCCAAGCGGUGGCGGAACAAGCUGAAAAGUGACUUUGUUAUUUCAACUUCUCCCAAAGACUUUGCUGAUCAUAGCUCAGCGUUGAUUUUUAACGAAUUGCCGUCACAAUAUCGUACAUAUCACUAUGUUGCUAUUGAGGAAAAGUUAUUUUGGCCAUCCUAAACGCGAUUGUUUUCAAUUAAGUGGCAGUGUUCUUAUUUGGCCUGUAUUCGCAAAAAUACUUGUAUGUUUUGAGAUGAAUUAAUAGUCAUGGAUGGGGAUGUAUGCCGAAUGCUCCUACGCCCUGCACCUUUGUUGUAAUUUUAUUAAAAAACAUUAGGC